GCAUGGUGAAUGGUGGACAGACGUUCAGGCUUUGUGUCUGAAGACUGGAGUGCAAGAGAGUCUCCCAAGAUAUUGCAGUAGGCAGACGUACCGUGGGAACAUUCCAGCGCAAACGCCAGUUGACUACUAUCGCCUGAACGUGAGUAUACCGCUACUAGAUGACAUUAUUUCGCAAAUGAAUAUCCGGUUUGGAAACCUUCAACAACUAGCUAUGAAAGGAAUGUCAUUUAUGCCGACGAUUUUGCUACGUGAUGCUUCAGCCAAAGCAGAUAUUCUUGAAUUUGGAAAGGCAUAUCAAAGUGAUUUUCCUACUGCGAGUCCGAACUUGGAUGCGCUGUCUGCAGAAAUUGACUUGUGGAUUGCCAUACUGAAAUCACUGCCCAUUUCAGAGCACCCCGCUACUGUAGCAGAAGCGUUGCGUUUGGCAAUGGGUAAUCCACUAAUUCCAACUGUGUCGAGGCUAUUGCGCCUUGUCUGCACCUGGCCUGUGACGUCCUGUGAGUGCGAGCGGUCUAUAAGUGCUCUCAAUCGCGUCAAGACAUCUCUCCGGGCAUCCAUGUCGCAGAUCCGAUUCAACGGACUUGUCAUGCUGCAUGUCCAUUACAACAGGAAGUUGUCACACUUGGACGUGAUCCGCUUAUUUUCUGCCAGGAACCCGAGAAAGAUUAUUCUCCCAAACUUUGGAGAGCCAUACUCAGACAGUGAACUAGCUAACACUUUUGUACUGGAUACUGAUUCACCAGAAGACACGUGGGACACUGAGCUAGACAGCUAAAUGACUUAGUUUACAAUUUUGAAGUUGUGUGAAACGUUUAUGCUAUUAUCAUAUUCACUACAGAUAUCAAGCUCGUAAGAUUUGGAAACCCCUCUGGAAACCCUUGAGCUACGCCCCUGUGUAGAAUACAAUAGUCUCAAUUCAAGUAGCAGUGCCACUAUGAUAUGUGUGCAGGUAUCUAGGGAACUGGUGAUCAUGUGUACAAUCUUAUGCUUUCAUGAAAUAAUUUUCUAUUCUAUCCACCACUGAGUCUCUGUACUGUCCUUUGAUCAUCUUUAGGUCACAUACGUACAUUGUUUUUGUUUUAUACCCAUUUACUGUCUACUACUUUUUCUAUCUCCUCUUCAGCAAUAAAUCUUGUCUCCUCUUCAUCCACCAAAGUUUCACUUUCCAUUUGUUCCUCUAUUAU